AUGGACUUGUACCCAGCAGAUAUAUUAAGCGAUGGAUGGAGUUUGAGUUCCAAAUCAUUCAUAUCAUAGGAGCUUCAGCCUAGGCUUUUGUGUUGGCUCACAAGAAUCAACAAUGUGCUUACUUGUUCCUGGUGUUGACUAUGGACUAGUACUAGCUAUUACCGUUGCGGACGCGCUAGUGACCAGUAGUACUAGCUAGCAAGACCGCAGUACGGACCAAGGAAGGAGAAAGAGAAACCACCAUCAUCAUCCUUCAUCAUGGCAAUGGCAAUGACAAUGACAAUGCCACCCUCUCUUAAUUAAUUAGUAGCUUCUUCAUCUCUCUCGCCUACCAAUACCAGUAUAUAUAAAACCCCGGCCACCAUGUAUGUACAUGCAUAGCUAGCACCCCAAGCUAGCAGUAGCAGGCAGCCAUGGCGAUGAACAGCUUCUACUCGUCCAUGGCGCACGGGCUGGAGGCGCUCCAGCACAGCCCGCACGCGUGCCUGUCGGCGCCCUUCCUCCAGCAGGCGGCGGCGCUGCUGCGCUCCCUGCACUCGCAGCUCCUCCACCUGGUGCAGCGCCUCCACCUGCCGCCCGGCGAGCGCUGGCUCGACGAGUACAUGGACGAGACCUCCCGCCUCUGGGACGCCUGCCAGCUCGCCCGCGCCGGGGCCUCCGCGCUCGACGCCUACUGCGCCGCCGCCGCCCGCGUCGCGCCGGCGAUCCACGCCUGGCGCCGCCUCUACGACGCCGACCUCCAGGUCGUCCAGCGCGCCGUCAGCGCGCCCAGGCGCCACGCCGCCGGCCUCCAGCAGGACAACCGCGCGCUCGCCGACGCCAGGCUCGACCCGGCGACGCUCCUCCUCGACGCCCGCUCCCCGCUCGACUUCAAGCUCAACGCCUUCAACGGCUUCCGGGGGGUCCUCUACGCGCUGCGCAACGCCAGCUCCUUGCUCCUCAUCGUCCUCAUCUCCGGCACCGUCACCUGCCUCCCCGACCUCCUCCUCACAUGCGCUCCUGGCGCUGCCGCCGCUCCUGCUGGCGCCGCCACCCACCACCAGCACUACGCCGCCUCCAUGCUGGCACGCCUGCGCCAGCGCGUCGCCCAAGAAUUAGUGGACUCAGCUGGCUCAUCUGCUGCUGGGAAUGGGAUCAUGAUGUACGAGUUCCGCCAGGCCAGGGCUGCCAUCGACAGCCUCAAGCAAGACUUGGACAGGGUCGUCGCCAUGGGCUGCCGCCACCCGCCUGAGGACAUUAUUGGCGGCCUCGCCCAGAGAGCGGAGAUCAUCGAUGGCUGGGUCGGGAUGCUGCGAUCAGGAGCCGACAGCCUCAUCGUCGAGCUCGACGACUUCUUCGAUGAGAUCGUCGAGGGCAGGAAGAUGCUCUCCGACCUCUGCAGCCAUCGCUAGCUAUAGCUCUCCUAUAGCAAGCUGAAACAAACAAAUUAAACCAACCAAGACUUCAGUUCUUGUUCUUCUAUGAUAUAUGCUACUAGCUAGUACCAGCACUAGAACAACAAGACUAACAAUUCUAGGGAACGGAAGGGGUGCCUUUUUGUUUUCUUCCAUUGUUUUCCUCCAUGCAUGCAUCAGCUGGUUGAUGAGUUGCUGUACGUGUUUACUAUCUACAAUCUAGAUAAUAGCUACCAUUCUAGUA